AUGGAGGGGAGGAGAAUGGUCACUACGCUGCUGCAGCUGCUCGUCCUGGGACAUGUCACCGCCGCUCUGGAAGUGCCACUUGAUCUGUCGCAGCCACCGACCAUAACUCGCCAGUCCCCCAAGGAUUACAUCAUCGACCCACGAGAGAACAUAAUAAUCCACUGUGAGGCCAAAGGAAAACCUCAUCCCAGCUUCUCCUGGACCAGAGACGGGACGCACUUUGACAUCGAUCAGUUUCCUAACGUGCACAUGAGGCCGCGCUCCGGAACGCUGGUUGUGGACAUCAGUCAUGUGAAGGCGGAGCAUUACGAGGGCGUCUACCAAUGCACAGCACGCAACGACCACGGGACCGCCCUGUCUCACAACAUCGUAGUUUGGCAAUCCAGAUCGCCCUUAUGGCCAAAGGAGAACAUCAAACCCAUCGUGGUGAAGGAAGGAGUGCCGUUGGUGUUGCCAUGUCGACCCCCGGCUGGUUUGCCUCCACCCAUCAUUUUCUGGAUGGACAUUAACUUCCAGCGACUGCCCCUGAGCUCGCGGGUGUCUCAGUCUCUGAACGGGGACUUGUACUUCUCCAACGUGCUGCGUUCCGACUCCAGAAACGACUACAUCUGCUACGCCCGCUUCCCUUACACGCAGACCAUCCAGCAGAAGCAGCCCAUCACUGUCAAAGUCCUCAGCCUGGAUGCAAUCAAUGAAACAGUGGCUGCUAUUUACAAUGAAACUGAUUGGUUUAGUGAGGAGCCAGCCGAUGAGCGACGGCCAACCUUCCUCACUCCAUCUGGGUCAUCUAGUUCCAAGAUUGUGCUCAGAGGCCAGGUGCUGGAGAUGGAGUGCAUCGCUGAAGGCCUGCCAACCCCCGAAAUCACCUGGACCAAAGUGAGCGGAGACCUGCCAGCCGAGCGCACCACCUUCCUGCACUAUCAGAAAACACUGCGGGUCGUCAACGUGUCCGAAUCCGACGCUGGGGAAUACCGCUGCAUUGCCAGGAACAAUUUCGGAACGGAGCACCACACGACCCACGUGACGGUAAAAGCUGCUCCGUACUGGAUUAGCGGUGCUCCUAAAAACCUGAUCCUUGCCCCUGGAGAGAGCGGGGCGCUGACAUGCCGAGCCAGUGGAACUCCCAAACCCUCCAUCAGCUGGGCCAUGAACGGCGUUCCCAUAGAGAAUUCUCCGCGCGACCUGAGCAGAAAUGUGGACGAUGACACUAUCAUUUUCACCAACGUCCAGACUGGAUCAAAAGCUGUGUAUCAGUGCAAUAUCUCUAACGAAUAUGGCUACCUCAUGUCUAACGCCUUUGUCAACGUCCUCUCGGAGCCGCCCAGAGUGCUGACUCCGGCCCACAAAGUCUACCAAGUCAUCAAAAACCACCAGGCCCUUUUAGACUGCAGUUUUUUUGGAUCGCCCAUCCCUGAAAUUACUUGGUUCAAAGACACUCGAGCCAGUACCCUCAACACAGACCCGUACAAAGUCCACAACAAUGGCUCUUUGGAGAUUGAUGGCGUCCAGGGAAAACACGGUGGCAAAUACACCUGUGUGGCGAAGAACAUGCUCGGGAUCUCGGAAAAUCAUGUCUAUUUGGAGGUGAAAGAACCAACGCGGAUCCUCAAACAGCCCGAGUACAGAGUGGUGCAGAGAGGCAGAGCGGCCGUGUUCGAGUGUAAAGUCAAACACGACCCAACGCUUAUCCCGACGAUGACGUGGCUCAAGGACGACGACGAGCUGCCCGACGACGACAGACUGGUCGUGGACUCUGACAGCUUGACCAUCACCGAUGUAAACGACGGUGACGCUGGAGUCUACACCUGCAUCAUGAACACCACUCUGGACCAGGACGUGGCCAGGGCUGAGCUCACUGUAGUUGAGGUCACGCCCAUUCCACCCGUUGUCUAUGAGCACCCUGACCCUCCGACCGACCUGGAGCUGACGGAGCCCAAGAGGAGGAGUGUCCAGCUCACGUGGACCCCUGGGGACGAGCACAACAGCCCGAUUGACAAGUUUAUCAUUCAGUACGAAGACGCGCUGCACCACAGAGGCCACUGGCACAAUCUGACCGAGGUGUCUGGGAUGAAGACCACCGCUCACCUGAACCUGUCCCCACACGCACACUACAUCUUCAGAGUCCUGGCCCUGAACGGAGUGGGACUGAGCCGGCCCAGCCACCCCUCCCGCAUGUACAAGACAGAGGCCGCAGCUCCAGAUGAUAACCCAGCUGAUGUACACGGAGAAGGCACUGAGCACGACAAUCUUGUGAUAUCCUGGAAGCCGCUCACAGCCACCCAGUCCAACGGCCCCGGGCUGCACUACAGAGUCAUGUGGAGGCAGACGAGAGUGGAGACCGACUGGACGGCAGUGACUGUGCGCAACACCUCCAAGUUUGUGGUUUCUGGGACGCCCACAUUCGCCGAGUAUGAGCUGAAAGUCCAGGCCAUCAACGACCACGGAGCAGGACCCGAGCCGGCCAUCGCCCACGGUUACUCGGGAGAAGACUUGCCUUUAGCGGCUCCUGACAAUAUCCAGGUCCAGGUGAUAAGCGGCACUCAGGCCGCUGUGCUUUGGGACGCGGUGCCGGCCAAGCUGCUGCGUGGACAUCUCAAGGGAUACAGGGUGAGCUGGCAAUUUUAA